AUGUUGCAGGUGGCCGCGGAACCCAGAGGACUCUGCAAACCAGGGAUUCCUUUUUGCCUCCGAGCUGCUGAGACCCCAGGGUCCCUCUGUCCCUCUCAGUCCCACGGGUGCAUCCUGCAGCUCUUCCUGUGUGCAGGGAGGGCUGGCAGCGGGGCUGCGGCUCCUGUGUGUGCACGAUCACACCCGCCGGGAUACACAAACCACGUACAGCCCGUGCAGACAACCCAGCCCUGCUGCUCCCCUCCUCCGGUCUGGGGUUCCCUACAGACACCCCACACCCUCAGGUUCACAAGCUCGGCUACAUUCACAGACCACCAAACAUCGGCGUGGCCUCCAAGUCCGUCUAAUACCGCUGCCCAGAGCUGGACCCUCUUACCCGGGCUACCUCUGCUCGAUGCUGUCGUGGCUCAAAGCUUGCGAGCGAGGUUUACGAGCACCCCCCCAGGGUUAAACUCCGGGGCACAGGGACCUGCAGUCCCUUCCCGCCGCCUGCCACUCACACCCUGCGGCACCCUGACUGAGCGCAGAAAUCCGCCCCGGGGCAGGUGGCCGGGGCUGAGCGGCGGGGGAGGCUCCAUCGCCGGGGCCGCCCCCCCGGCUCCGCAGCUCGGUGCUGCCCGGCGGCCGCGCCAGCCGCGCCUGGCCGCGCUCCGAGCCGAGCCGAGCCGAGCCUGGCCGUGCUCCGAGCCGAGCCGAGCCGAGCCUGGCCGUGCUCCGAGCCGAGCCGAGCCGGCCGUCGGGAGCGGCUGCAGAGCCCGCCGCCCCACCAUGGGCUGCUCCAGCAGCGCCCGCAGCCGCCCCCAGGAGCCGCCGCCGCUGCCGGCAUCCUCAGGUGCAGACACCCUGAGUGCAGAUGACCAUGGAGCUGUAGCUGACCAAACACAGCUGGACCCAGCAGAGCGUGUGAGCCUUGCCUCUGAGGAGACCAGCCCAGGCGAGCAGCUGCCGGGAGAGGAGGCUUCAGCCACGAUCCUGAACGUGGAGGGGAAGACAGAGUCGGUCAGUAAAAGGGAGGAGCCAGAGGGCACCGAGCCCCUGCCUGCAGGAGAGGAGGAGAGCUCUGAGCUGCCCUCUGUGUGGCGAGAGGAGAGCAGGGGGCCUUCACCACCAGCACCAGGAGAAGAUGCUGGGCCACCAUCUCCAGGACCAGCAGAGGACAGUGGGCUGGUAGAGGGCAGUGACAGCUCUGUAGUGGAUGUCGUCGAGAAAGAACAUACUACUGAAGAGGAGCACCUCGUUGAGGGUGAGACGGGAGAACAGGUGGAAACUGAGCUGCUCAGUGAGACAGUAAGUGAAGGGCCUGAAACAAAAGAAGAAGAAACAGGAGAAGCUGUGGAUAGUGCAGCAGCGACAGAGAUAGAGACAGCUAAUAACAAGGAAUAGAAGUUAUGUCUCAAUGAACAUCCUCUUCUUGGGCCUGCUCUUCUGUUCACAUGAAUAUUUUUGAAUUUUAUUGGGUUGGGAAAAUAUAAAGGCUUUUAUGGAUUGAACCACAAGCUACAGACACAUGAAUAGGAGGCAUCAGAAAAAGUUUUAUUUAAUACAGAUUUUUUGAAGUCAAGCUGCCAAGACUUCAAGUGUUUGAAAUACCCAAACUUUCAUCAACCUGCCACAGAGUGCCUUCUAUACACACUAGCGUAAUUUUUCAAUGGCAGUAUGAUCAUUCCUUUUUCAAAUAGGAGUUUUUCCCAGGUUCAGAUUAACUGUCUUCAAAUUGUUGAAACCUUCAACCAACAUUAUAGCAUGAAGUGUAGCUUUUUUCUCUUCAAUUAUUGUAUGUAGGCAGGUCCUCUGCGUGCCUGGACUACCAAUGGAGGCAGUUGCUGAAGUGUACAGCACAUAGAGAACUGGGAGGGGAAAUUUACCAAGCUCUAACUAAAUGCAGAGGGGAGUUUUCCAGAAAAUAGAAGAUAACAGAGUGCAGUGCCCAGGAUCCAGCUGUGUGCUGCUCACUCCCCAUAUUUAAACUCAAAUUUAUAGAAGGGAUUGUAGUACAAUACAGGGGGCAUUUUUAACUGAGAGAGAUGUUUUAGUUGUAUAAAUCGUAGAAGAUAACUUCACAGCUGUUAACAUUCAUGGCCAAUAAUAACCUGUCUUUAGCUGUGUAGCUCUCCUCAUAUGCAUUUGUGGCUUCUAAAAUGGAACUUCUAAGAGAGAAAAUACAAACCUGUAUAAGAGACAAAUAUAAGCCUGCUCCCAAAGAAAAGGUUAUCUAUUUAUAUUUCCCUGGAGUGCUGUCCUCCUGGAGAAAUGUGCUAUCAGGGACUGUCUGGGUUCUUUUCCAAAAUGCUAAAUAGUAAUUUUGGAGAUGAAGCUGAAUGGCAAUACUUUCAAACAAAUUUCCUGUGAAAACAGGCCCUGGAUAUGAUUUGUGUUUCAGGUCAGAUAAAGAGUAGAAAUUUGUUCUGAUGGUGAAUGUUGCAGGAUCACAGAAUCAAUUAGGUUAGAAAACACUUCUAAGCUACUUGAGUCCAAAUGUUGACUGGACCACCUUGUCAACUAGACCAUGGCCGUAAGUGCCAGGUCCAGUAAUUCCUCAUCCAGGGAUGGUGACUCUACUACCUCCCUGGGCAGUCCAUUCCAAUGUUUGACAACCCUUUCUGUGAAGAAAUUCCUCCUGAUGUUCAACUUGAACCUCUGCUGGCACAGCUUGAGGCUAUGUCCUGUGCAAAGGGGCUCUAUAUAGUACAUUGCGGGGACUGUGUUUACGAGAUCUCUGGCAUAAGGAUGUAGGACAGGGAGAAAAGGUCAGUUACUUAAAAAUGGCAAGCAAAUAUUGCUCUUUUAUUAGCUUUAUUGUAUAAUAGGACUUAACAAAAAUCCUAACUGCCACCAGCAAAUUAUACAAAUCCCUUCUAAGAGAUAAUUUCAUACUGCAUGUACAUGUCUGACUCCAGCUGAUUCUGGUUUGUAUUAAAUAAUCUAAUUGAUAUCCUUGGCCUAUUAACCUUUUGUAUAAGCUGAUAGUUCUUGGCUGUAUCACUAUAUCUAAGGUUUUCUGCUUAGCAGCAUUCUUAUGAACUUAUCAGCUUCAUUUAAUGUCAACUUCCUGUAGGCAACACCACAAACUUUUAAAACCCAAAUGCAUCCUUUUUUUUUUUUGGGGGGGGGGGGAAUUUUUGCUAGGUGGAUGUAACUUUUAAUUUAUUUUUUAGUUUUUCUAGCCUUCUGUAACAGAGAAGCUAAAACAAGCUGCUAGUUCUAUUAAAAAAUCUACUGACAUUAAAGUGAGCAUCAAAAAUUCAAACAGAAGUAGUCAACAUUUUUAUCCACAUACUCAAACCAUUCCAUGAAAAGAAGCUGUGAAAAACAACAUCGUGCACUUUCAAGAGCUGAGGAGUGGGGGAACAGGUACUGAGCAGAAUGAGAACACCCCAAAGUGACAUGGAACUGGGCUGGGUGUACAGCCAUGUUCCAGGAUGCCCUAAGCACUUCCAUCUUCAGCUGCAUCUCAUGGCUGAUUUCCUCCUGUGAGCUGGGAAUUCCGCUCAGCCACCAGCACAUGUGCCAGCACAGCCCCAGUCCAAAACACAGGAGAUUAAAUCGGCAGAGACAGGCUGCCUACUGGCAAGAUCAUGAACUGCAGUCUGGCAAGCAUUAAACUAUUUUUAAGCAUAAACCAACAAGAGCUCUGUGACAGAGAUCAGUAGUAUUCAUAGCAACAGAGGAGACUGCACUUGGAAAUCAAAUGUGAAGAUACAAGGGAGUCAAAAUGACCUGCUCACCUCAGAGUCACUCUUUCUACCACUGUUGUAACAAGGAAGACAGGUGACUAUGUAUGUUCUUCCUCACUGUUCAGCUUCUUCAGGCCAUUAAGCAAUGCAGAUGAAAACAAGAGGAAUAUAAACAGUGACUCAACAGUAGCAGUCUUUCUCAAUCCUCUUCAUCCUUACAUAGUUUAUAAUCACAACAGGUGAAUUCUCUUUUUCCUUUCCUAAAGAGCAAGUAUGCUUGAUACUACCUGUGUUAAACAUGAAAAGUUAAAUUACCUAAAUUAUCAAAAUAUGUCUGCUAGAAAUAUGCUGAACACUCCUGCCCUGAGAAAUAAGACAUCCCUACCAUGCAAAUUUCAUUGAGAUCUAGUAUUCGUGGUCUGGGAGCUACCAAACCAUAUACUAUGGAUUAAGAGCCACUGCCUGCAGUUAUUUGCCUCUGAAUACCUGGGACUACUCAGAGGUUGCAAGGAGCAGAAACUCGUCUGUCAAAGAGCUCUCUCAUAUUAAAGGCUGGGAAAAGAAUAUGCUCCAAUAUUUGUGUUUAUAGGAUACACAUCCAGAUCUUAAGCAACAUGAUUUUUUUUUUUAAUACAGUCAAGCAUUUGUUGUGAUUGUUUUAUAUUUUAUCAAAAGCCAAACAAUCUUCAGCCCUCAACUUCAUCCAAGGUAGAAGUAACCAUUCCUCACAGAAGGGAGUGCUGGGCAGUGCACUUGAAAGAACAAACUUAAUUUCCAAACUAACAAGAAAGUUCUGGUAGAAAUUUUUUUCUAAUUAGCAAUAAACACAGCCCUAGAAGAGGUUGAAUUUGCACCCUGUCAGCUCUGUGCAGACACAUAUACACACUGUAGGGUCUCAGAAGAUCCCUGCCUGUCUGGCUGGCUGGGGUUGGCUCUUUCACUCAGUGAGAAACUGCUUUUAGGUAAACACUGCAACAAGAGCAAGUGCUGGUAGAAGAAGAUUGGGGCAGUUUAUGUGGCUUAAGGGAACACAGUUCCAUUAAAACUAGGUACUGAAAUUUAUUUUUUGCAUUGUUUAAUCUGUAGAGAAUAUAAUCAAUUAAAGAAGAAAGAGUCUUACUAAAAGAAACACCUGGUAGAACAUACCCAUUUCAGUACUUUAUACAUUGCUUUACUUUCACAGAAAGAAGUGUUUUGCUGUGUUUUUUUAGUUACAUGUGAUAGAAACAGAUUUUAAAUGCCGAAAUCAGGAUGCCACAAGAUGAAUUGCAACUUUGUAUUUUGCAUGCAGCUCAGUCUAGAAAAGGAAAAAAAAAAAAAACACCUGUUUUUAACAUACCUUUAUUUAAAACUGGAUUUGUUAAAUGUCUAUGUACUUAGUAGUUUGCAAAUUAAGACCUAAGAUAGGCUUUUUAUAUUGGAGAAUCAGAGGUGUUGGCCUUUUUGUUUUAAAGAAUAGAACCAAAUAAUAUAAUUCUGCUUAAAUAAAAUAAAUGUUUUACACUUCUCUGUGGAAGGCUGAUUUUUUAGUUUGAAAACUACUACGUUAGAGCUGUAAAAUAAGAGAGUUUAUUUCAGUUAUUCUAGACUUCCUGUACCAGAAGAGUGCAUAUCAAGAAAAUGUCUUGAAUAGCUUUGAUUUAAAUAUAUAGUCUAAAAACUACAACUGUUUUCAGCUGAAGAAUCAUAAAGCUAAAAGGGAAUUUCUGUUCCUGAGUUUUUGCAGAAUGGCACCUAUUUACUGAUAAAAACACUUAAUGUGUUCUGCCUUGUUAGCUGCAUCCAGCACGGAACUUUUUCCAGGUAUUUCAGUCUCAGACUGUCCCUUACUGUGGAGAGCAAUUCACUCUCCUGCCACCGAAGUCCCAAGGAGUGCUAUAAUGGAUUUUUACUGCCAAUGCACGAGUCAGCACGCCACAAAAAUACCGCAGCUGCCAUCUAGUGUUGGGUUCGAGGCGGGCACAAAGGCUGCGGGAAGGCAGUGAGCAGUAAGAAGGGAUAACCACUGCGCUUAUAAAAGGCUGAACACAGCUCAUGUGCAAAACAAUUGAAAUCAGCUGAUCUACAGUGAACUGGAACUAAAACUCCUAAAAAUCAGUGAAAUAGAUUCCAACUAAGUAGUUACACCUAAACAAAGAGAAACCUAAAUAUAAAUUAAGAAUUAAAUUCCAUUUAAAAGUUUAAAUGUAAAUGUUACAUAUAACUCCUUUAAAUUACAUUAAUUUUAGUUAUUACUGACAAAAUGAAGGAACACGUGCUUUGUGUUUCCUAGAAAGUCAUUGCCAUAUUAGUCAGCACUAACUCUUCCUAACAUAUCUGACCAUGUUUUUUCUUAGGUGGGAUUGCUUACGGAGUCAGAGCUACAGAGCAUGAGAUGCCUUAUUAGUACAGCCAAGGAGACAGAACAAGAACAGCAGCAAAAACUAAUCAAAGUUUAUGUAUAGGAAGUUUAUUUAGAGAAAAGUCAGGCAUUUUUCAAAGGCUGUUUGGAAGUUUCCUGUUUGAAAUAACAAAGGCAUUAUCUUGCUUCUAAUAAAAAUAAUUAUCUCCCAAAGAAAGCAAGGUAAUACUAUAAAAAUCCUUAUAUCUGCACAUAUUUUUUUUUGUGACAACCUCAUUAUGAAUCUUUUUUCUAUAAUGGUACAAUUUAUAAGCUCAGUGAAAAGAAGGAAUGGCUGUUUCACAUCAAAUCUAGGGCUGGUACGUAGGGCUGACUGUUCUCACAGUAUACAUUUCUACUUGACAGAAGAUCAAUACAGAGGGACGGGAUAAAUUACUAGCAUCACCAGUUGGAUUUCUCAAUAUUGCUUAAUCACUCAAUCAAACCAGUGUUUCUGACCUUAAUGGCAGAGGAAAAACUUACAAGAACUGUAAUGAUGGUAGCUGAAAGCUUCCUGUCCUGGAGAAUUUAAUCCUUAGCUAUUAGGAUGCAGAUAAUAUGCCUAUUCUCUUGGUUCAAAUUUGCUAUUGAAUAAGCAAGCUGGAGACUUUUUUGUAAUGGAGUAUCAAACCACAAUCAGGAAAAGAAAAGUUUGUUCCCAUAAUAGAAAAACACAUUUUUGCAGUUGCAAUUAUAUUUUAUUCUCAUUAAACAUUUUUCAGUUGUUAUUGUUUUUUUUAAAAUCAAAACAGUCAAAGUUGAAUUGCUAUGAAAAAUAUCAUGAGACAGGUUAGACGUAGAUAUUAAUUUUCAUGUGAUUUAUAAAGGUACCACUUUACUGCAGAAAAUCAUAAUUUUCUUCUUUCUGAAAUUAGUAUUAACUUUGUUAAGCAGUUGCUUACAUAUGAAAAAAAUCUGAGUCCAACAGUAAUCUGCUAUGUAAAGAAAGAGGCUAAGAAGAUUCAGAAGCAAAUACAGUAAAAUUCCUCAGAAGUGAAGAUGUAUGCUAAACAAUUCAAGUGCUCUGUUAUCUCAUUUCUAUAAUUUUCUUCUGAUUUAAAUUUUUUUAUUAAAGACCUACUAUUAUAAAUCAAUAUAGUUUUCCAUGUCCAGAUCAC